AUGAUAUUUUUUAAGCAAUCUAAAAAAAUACUAGAAUAUAAAAUAAUUUCAGAACUUUUCAAGUUAUUUUUUUUAGAACAACUGGAACGUGUAGAAGGUGGUUUGGAUACAAUUAAUCAAGAUAUGCGUGAAGCAGAAGAGCAUCUGAAAGGAAUGGAAAAAUGUUGUGGUUUGUGUACACUGCCGUUUUGCAAAAAUAACAUAAUAAUUUUCCUUAAACUAGCAAAACAUUAUAGAAUAACAAACGAUGCACGAGAAGAUGAAAUGGAUGAAAAUGUACAACAAGUUUCUACUAUGGUUGGUAAUUUACGUAAUAUGGCAAUUGAUAUGAGUACAGAAGUUAGCAAUCAAAACAGACAACUAGAUCGUAUUCAUGAGAAGACGCAAUCGAACGAAGUGCGCGUAGAAUCAGCUAAUAAACGGGCUAAUAAGCUCAUCACAAAAUAA